GGGCGGGAUGGGCGACUAGUUGGGCCGAGAUGUGUGAUUCCGCGGAUGGGGGCACGUAACGGGCCGGCGAUACGGGGGCUUCGAUCAGUGAAUUUGAACCUGGUGAAGAGCCCGGGUGACGAGACGGGCAACAAGAGGGGAUUCAACUUGGAACCCGGCGGGCAUUCCGAGGUCAAAGACGUGCUGCUUAUGCCGCGAUGCGACGACGGGACUCUCAAAGACGAUUCGCCGCUACUACUCUGGGCCAGCCUUCUCGCCCGAGCGGCUAACAACAGUGGCCGCCCUAUCAAUCUCGCCUCUCGGUAUCAACAGAUGCUUGUGGAAGCGGGCUUUACAGAUGUCCAUGUUGUUGAAGGGAGAUGGCCGACAAACCGUUGGGCAAAGGACCGCAAACCGCGGUUGCUUGGGCUCUGGUCCGAAUUGACCCUUGGAAGAGAGCUCGAAACCAUCUCUAUGGCUCUGCUUACGCACGGCCUGCAUUGGGAACCCGAAGCAGUCUUGGUGCUGUGUGCCUUCGUCCGCCAAGAAUUCCUGAACCCCGAGGUGCACACGUACUUUCCUGUCUUCACAGCUUUCGGGAUGAAGCCUUUAGGGUCUCAAUGAGGGACGAACAGCGCUGCUCGCGACAUGGAUUUUGUACUAUAAGAAGUGUAAUAUGUAAUUAUGUACGAGCUGUCUCGCUCUCUUGAAAUAGAG